UUUUAGGCGCAACCCCUGUGAAAAAUGGUCGAUUAGUAUUUUCUGUAGAAUUAUUAUUUUAAUGCAUUUUAAUGGCCGUCAAAUAUACACAGAUUUUCGCUACUGGCCAGCACGCUUCCUAUCCUCCACGAAUAAUGGGGUUCCACUGUUUUAAGUUGGAAUAUCACCUUUCGAUGGUCUAAUACUGCCAGAUAUUUUUUUGAUGGAUUUGGAAUGGCAUGCAAACAUAGUAACUCCAACAUAUUAAAAUUUGAUUGAAGUUGAUUUUUGUGAAGAAUGCACAAAAUGUAUUCUUGUCCUGAAUGUUUGUUUGCUGUUCAACAGGUUCGGUCCAUCCUUGAAUGUUCAUUUUUAUGCACGAAAGCCCUUUGCCAUGGAAAACAAAAAUAAAUUGCAGUAUGUGGUUCUUUUUUUGAUUGUUAAAAGUUGUUGAAGGAUGGAUCUUUUAAACAUGCUUGAGAAAUCUAUAAUGAAACAUUAAAUACUGUGUAAUAAGAGCACAUAUUUUGGACGUACUCCAAUUUUCCCCAUUUUUAAAAGGGCAUUUUUGUCAUAUAUAUAAUUAGGAAGUGUCACACCCCCCUCUAAUAGUGCUAAUGCAAAAUUGUGGCUGCCUCCAUCAUUUAAAUUGCCCACCCCUGGUAUACACACAUAGAUUUUUCACACUGAUACAAUUUACAAAUGUCAUUAAAGCAUUUAUUUUAUUUAUUGAUAUCCGGCUCAAGGUCCUAAAAGUACCGUACUAAGCUGAAUGUCAUAGAUAUUGAAUACAUUGAUUUUCUAUCCUUUAUAUUAGGGCUGCGCAAUUAAUCAAAUUGAAAUCAACAUUGCAACACCACUUUGAAAUCACAAAGUCUGCGAUUGCGGAAAAAAGAAAAAGCUUAUUUCGGUUGGUCAGUAGGCCUUUUUUCCUCUUCCGUGAUUGUAUGUUUCUAAAUUUCUAGUGUCUAGAUAAGUUCCGUGCUUGAGAAAAGAAGACAUGGGAAGGCGGCCUUGAAAAAAAGAAUUUGCACAUUAAAAACAAUUUGAUUUAUUUGAUUAUUUUUCAAAAUGGUUCAGCUCUCUUCCAUAUCCAUCUUGAAGUCUACUUACUAGAAGGCCAAAAGUGGCACCACAAGUAGAAAAGACAAUGCACCCUUGUUGUUUACUAGUGCACAGAAUUGUCCUACUCGUGAGGACAAAGAGCGUGCUCGUACAUGGACCUCACGCUGUGUAUCAAGGAUAUUGAAUAAAUACUCCACCAAGUAUUGCAAAAUGUACGUAGCUGGUGAGUGACUCCAUGCAACUAAACUUCCUUGUGUGUUUUCAAAUCCAGGCGUUAGAAAUGAUGAUUCCGAGCUGAGCAACCGCGUUUGGAUACUUUGGAAGUGAGAGCCGUAUGUGGUGUGAAAGCGUAUGAAAUGCCAUCAUGGAGGAUGGGGAGCGCCCCCCUCGCCCCCUUUCUUUUUUUUUCUUGGGAGGGGAGCUUUUCUUAUUCAAAAGAGGCCCACAAAAGACUUCCAGUGAGCCUUGCCACAUCCCCAUCUGACUCGGGGGCCAUUCAUCAGCCCCGCAAGCCUAUCAAUGACAUGUCCCCAUCAGGGCUCCUAUAAAAUCAGCCCCUUUUCCCAUGAAACAUCAGCAAACAUUUUGACGGCUCUGCCUUUGCCCCCGCUGGAUUUCUGGAGGACCCUCUAAAACACCCCCCCCCUACCGACCCACCCACUACGGUUCCCCACCAUUCCCCACCCACACGUACCCGCACUCGCUCGCUCUCUAUCUCUCUCUCGUCCACUAAGAGUACCAGCAUCUCCCCUCCGACGGCCAGUGGUCGCGGAGACGGCAAGCCGGGCGGGGAUAGAGAGCAGGUGGAGGAGGAGGAGGAGGAGAGAGGAAAGUGGCAGCCGUUUUCUACCGAGAGGAGUGCUGGAUGGGAAGAGGAUGCACUGCGGGCUGCUGGAGGAGCCUGACAUGGAUUCCACAGAGAGCUGGAUCGAGCGAUGCCUCAAUGAGAGCGAGAGCAAGCGUUACUCCAGCCACAUGUCCUUGGGCAACAUGUCCACCGACGAGCACGAAGAAAAAGAAAAUAACCGGGCCUCCAAACCGCAUUCCACACCUGCCACUCUUGAAUGGCUGGAGGAGAACUACGAGAUCGCUGAAGGCGUGUGCAUCCCGAGAAGCGCCCUCUACAUGCACUACCUCGACUUCAGUGAGAAACACGACACGCAGCCAGUCAACGCGGCCAGCUUUGGGAAGAUUAUCAGACAACAGUUUCCAGCACUAACCACCAGACGACUCGGGACGAGAGGGCAGUCAAAGUACCACUACUACGGCAUCGCAGUGAAGGAGACGUCGCAGUACUACGACGUGAUGUACUCCAAGAAGGGCGCGGCCUGGGUGAAUGAGGCGGGCAAGAAGGAGGUGACCAAGCAGACAGUGGCGUAUUCACCGCGCUCCAAGCUGGGGACGCUGCUGCCAGAGUUCCCAAAUGUCAAAGACCUCCAUUUGCCUGCCAGCUUGCCAGAGGAGCGGGUGUCAACCUUCAUCAUGAUGUACAGAACACACUGCCAGAGGAUACUGGACACGGUCAUCCGGGCCAACUUUGACGAGGUCCAAAGCUUCCUGCUGCACUUCUGGCAAGGCAUGCCCCCCCACAUGCUACCCGUGCUCAGCUCGCCCACUGUAGUCAACAUCGUCGGAGUGUGCGACUCCAUCCUCUACAAGGCCAUCUCCGGAGUACUCAUGCCCACCGUCCUCCAAGCGUUGCCUGACAGUUUGACACAGGUGAUCAGGAAAUUUGCCAAACAAUUAGAAGAGUGGCUCAAAAUCGCCCUUCACGACCUCCCGGAGAACCUGAGGAAUAUCAAAUUUGAGUUGUCUAGGAGAUUCUCGCAAAUCCUCAAGCGGCAAACGUCCCUAAAUCAUCUGUGUCAGGCAUCGCGCACUGUGAUAAAUAGCGCCGACAUCACCUUCCAAAUGUUGGAGGACUGGAGGAAUGUGGACCUGAACAGCAUCACCAAGCAGACGCUGUACACCAUGGAGGACUCGCAGGAGGAGCAUCGGCAGCUCAUCAUCCACUUGUACCAGGAGUUUGAUCGCCUCUUGGAGGAGCAAUCGCCCAUUGAGGCCUACAUUGAGUGGCUCGAUUCCAUGGUGGAUCGCUGUGUCAUCAAGGUGUCUGGGAAGAGGCCCGGCUGCCUGAAGAAGAUGGCCCAACAGUUCCUGUUGAUGUGGUCCUGCUUUGGGACCAGAGUCAUUCGUGAUAUGACGCUCCACAGCGCCCCCAGCUUUGGCUCCUUCCACCUGAUCCAUCUCAUGUUUGACGACUAUGUCCUAUACCUGCUGGAGUCGCUGCACUGCCAGGAGAGGGCCAAUGACCUCAUGAGGGCAAUGAAAGGCGAAGGCGGCGCAGAGCAAGACGAAGGGUUCACGCUGACCGAAAUAACCGCCACCUCCUCGCCAUCCCCGGGUGCCUACUCGCCCGCCCGCUCCGUCCAUUCCGCCGCCGUGUCAUCAUCCUCGCCCGCAGCCGACGCGUCACCUGAGUACCCUUCCAGCACAGGCGCCGUUCAGUCAUAUACGUGGUCCCUUACAUACACAGUGACAACGGCAGGAGGUUGCGCACCCGACGCCGGCCAGCAGCUGUCCUGCAUGAGAAGCAGCAGCAGCGCCGCCGGCUCGACGCCACCGCCACCCUCCUCUGCCCAUCGGCUGCCUGUCUACGCCCACAGAGAGGAGCAUGGAUACACGGGCAGCUACAACUACGGCAACUAUGCCAACCAGCAUCCUCAUGCCAUCCAGAGCCAGUACCCCGGGCUGAGCCACGAUGCCACCAUCCCGGCACCGCUCCACUACUCCGCCUACCACCGCUCAUCCGCACAGUACCAAUUCAACGGUCAGAUGUCCCGCAUGGAUCCGUGUCUGAUGAGUAGCACUCCUCGACUGCACCCUGCGCCUGUGACCCCCCGCUGGCCGGAUAUGUCCUCAGUCAACGGCUGCUACGGUAGCCCCCCGGUGCACUCAGCGCGCUACGCCACAUCGGGGGACGUGUACUCACCCCUGGUCCCGCGCAGGAACUCCGAGUACGAGCACUCGCAGCAUUUCCCCGGCUUUGCCUACAUCAACGGAGAGGCCACCGCCACAGGUUGGGCCAAGUAGCCUUCAUGAACACUUUGAACUGUAAAGGACACCCAUUGUUCAGUCAAGGUGUGAGGACACUGACAGGACAAAAUGUCAAUCAUGUAUGGGAUUCUUCUACACAUGGGAUGUUUCUACACUUCCAACCCUUUUUCUUUGUCCAUCCAUCCAUAGAAAUCUGGGAAAUCAUGUACAGUUUCAUGAAAAAAUAUCUGCCCCCUGCCGGCAUUCAAAGGUGUUUUUUUUUUUUUGGUUUAUU